CUGCGCAGAUCGAUGCUUCGAGUUUUGGGACUUUGUGGAAAUGGUCAUUUGGCUUCAAAUCUGCUCUUUGUCUGUUUUGCCUAAAUUCAUGAAACCGAACCACGUCCGCUUUGCCCAGGACCCGAACAGAGCGGUCUGGUCGUCGUCCUGCAAUCUGGCUGGACGCUUGCCACAACCCGCCGCGCAGAGGUUGCUCACAAUCAACAGCAACCAGCUGGCCUCGAAUCACUUUGACUACCAGUCUGAGCACGCUCCACGGAUAUAUCGUGGGCAACACAGCUCGGCGCAUUCAAACAACCACUCCAACCACUCCAAGCACACUCACGCCAAGGGCAAUCUGGCAUCCACUCCAGUCCAACCACUCGUCCAGGCACACUCCAAGAGCGCACUCGAUCGUGUCAUUCACGACGCGGCGCAGCACCCGGACGCGUUCUGGCUGCGAGCUGCCAACCACAGCGGAUUGCACUGGUCCAAGCCGCCAACCAUUGCGAAAGUGCUCAACCCGAAUGGCACGGCCGCUUGGUUCCCGGAUGGCGAACUCAACACCUGCUACAAUGCCAUCGAUGUUCACGUCGAGCAGCAUCGAGGUGCGCAGGUCGCACUCAUCCACGAUUCGCCAGUGACCAAGUCUGUAACCAACGUCUCGUACACGGAAUUGCAAGAGCGCGUGGCAACCUUUGCUGGCGUGCUUGCUCGGCAUGGAGUUGGCAUGGGAGAUCGGGUAUUGAUUUACAUGCCAAUGGUACCCGAGGCCGCCAUCUCGAUGCUUGCGUGCGCGCGACUUGGCGCCAUUCACUCGGUUGUGUUUGGCGGGUUUGCUUCUCACGAGCUUGCCACUCGCAUUUCCGAUUGCCAGCCGUCAGUUAUUAUCACUGGGUCAUGCGGCAUCGAAGGCGCAAAGAUCAUUCCAUACAAGCCGUUGCUGGACCGAGCCAUUGACCUCGCCACACACAAGCCAAACUCGGUGAUUGUGUUUCAGCGACCCAUGAGUCGAGCAUCUCUUGUUUCAGGUCGAGAUUAUGACUGGACAGCCGAGGUGGAGGCUUCUCAGCCGCACGCUUGCGUGCCAGUACCCUCGCAGCAUCCGUUGUACAUUCUGUACACUUCUGGAACAACCGGCGCCCCAAAGGGCAUUGUGCGCGAGAGCGGCCCUCACGCUGUGGCUAUCAAGUGGUCCAUGACCAACAUUUAUGGUCUUCGGCCCGGAGAAACCAUGUUUGCCGGCUCGGACAUUGGCUGGGUUGUCGGCAGCUCGUACGUUUGCUAUGGCCCGCUGUUGAAUGGCAACACUACCGUCCUAUUCGAAGGCAAGCCUGUGGGCACUCCAGACCCUAGUACCUACUGGCGCAUUGUCGACCAACACAAUGUCAAUGUGAUGUUCACAUCGCCGACGGCGCUGCGCGCGAUCAAGCGUGAGCAAUCCGACAAGCUCGUUGGUGGCUACGACACCAGUCGUCUUCGGUCGCUAUUUGUUGCUGGAGAGCAUUGCGACACCGACACACUCAAGUGGAUUCAGCAGAUGCUGCAAAAGCCGGUGAUUGACCAUUGGUGGCAGACCGAAACUGGCUGGCCGAUGGCGUCGCUGUGUCCGGGCAUCCAGCACAUGCCAGUGCGCGCGGGCUCGGCCGGCAAGCCUGUCCCUGGCUACACGAUUCACAUUCUCGAUCAAAAGACUGGCCAGGUGCUUCCGGAGCCAAACACGCUGGGUGCGAUCGCCGUCAAGUUGCCAAUGCCGCCAGGUGUGGUCACCACCCUUUGGAACAACCAGAAGAGGUUUGACUCGACGUACUUGUCAUCCUAUCCCGGUUACUAUGACACGGGCGACGCUGGGUAUUUUGACGAAGACGGGUACUUGUACGUCAUGGCGCGCACCGACGACGUGAUCAACGUGGCCGGGCAUCGCUUGAGCACAUCCGCGCUCGAGGAUGUCAUUUGCUCGCAUCCCGCCGUCGCCGAGUGCGCUGUGGUGGGUGUCAAGGACCGUUUGAAGGGACAGCUGCCCAUCGGGCUUGUCAUUCUCAAGCAAUCAUCGGCCUCGGCUUCGCAAAGUCUUUCCCACGACCUUCAACGAAUGGUGGCGGAUCAAGUCGGCGCAUUUGCUUGCUACAAGAACACCAUUGUCGUUGAGAAGCUGCCAAAGACACGCUCUGGCAAAAUCCUGCGCAAGACAAUCCGACAGAUGGCCAAUCACGAGAAAGUCGACAUUCCUGCGACGAUUGAGGAUGCUGCAGUCCUUCCCGUCAUUCAGCAAAUCCUCCACGAUGCUAGCGAUGUCAAGCCUCCCUCGUCGCAUCACUGAUAGCCUUGAUGGUGGUGUAGAUGUGUGUACAAAUUGAAAACAGUCACUGUCACCUCAAACAUUUAUUCCGAGUAUCUUCUCAACAAGACAAAAAAAAAAUCUCCA